AGACAGAGUAACCUUUGAGCCGGCGGCUCCGGGGCGAUGGAGGGUGGUGGGUGCCGGCGGCUCCUCCGGGUGCUGCUCCUGCUCCCAGGGCUGUGCCUGGGGUUCAACGUCGACGUGCGGCGGCCGCGGGUCUUCCCCGGGCCAGCCCAGGGCCAGUUUGGCUACAAGGUGCUGCAGCGGGCGAGCGGCGGGGACAAGUGGCUGCUGGUGGGGGCCCCGUGGGACGGGGACCGCCAAGGUGACAUCUACAAGUGCCGCGUGGGACCCCCCAACGCCACCUGCGCCAAAGCCAACCUCGGGUCCGCAGCCCCUUGGCUCGUCCCCCUCCCCGGCCACAGCGUCCACUUGGGGAUGACCCUCCUGGACUCCAGGGACGGCGGCUUCGUGGCUUGCGCCCCGCUUUGGUCCCAGGAGUGCGGCACCUCCCUCUACAGCACCGGCCUCUGCGCCCGGCUGGAUGGUGACCUCCGGCCGGUGGGGACCCUCGCGCCCACGGCCCAGCGCUGCUCCACCUACAUGGACAUCGUCAUCGUCCUGGACGGUUCCAACAGCAUCUACCCCUGGUACGAGGUGCAGAACUUCCUCAGCAACGUCCUCAGCAAGUUCUUCAUCGGGCCGGGGCAGAUCCAGGUGGGGGUGCUGCAGUACGGGGAGCGGGCGGUGCAGGAGUGGGCGCUGGGGCGGUACCGCACGGCGCAGGAGGUGGUGGAGGCGGCCAAGAACAUCAGCCGGCAGGAGGGCAGGGAGACGCGCACGGCGCUCGCCAUCCACCGCGCCUGCACCGAAGCCUUCAGCCCCGAGCAGGGCGGGCGGGCGGAUGCCACCCGGCUGAUGAUCGUGGUGACGGACGGGGAGUCCCACGACGGCGAGGAGCUGCCCGAGGCUCUGGCCGAGUGCGAAAAGCGCAACGUCACCCGCUACGCCAUCGCGGUGUUGGGGCACUACCUCCGCCGGCAGCAGGACCCCGAGGAUUUCAUUCGCGAGAUCAAGUACAUCGCCAGCGACCCGGACGAGAAAUACUUCUUCAACGUCACCGACGAGGCCGCCCUCAACGACAUCGUGGAUGCCUUGGGUGACCGCAUCUUCAGCCUGGAAGGCACCCACGGGUACAACGAGAGCUCCUUCGAGCUGGAGAUGUCCCAGAUCGGCUUCUCCAUCCACCUCCUGGAGGACGGGAUCCUCUUCGGCACGGUGGGAGCCUACGACUGGGACGGGGCCGUGCUGGAAGAGAGCCGGCGCGGCCGCAUCAUCCCGCCCCGCAAAGCCUUCCAGGAGGAAUUCCCGUUGGAGCUGAAGAAUCACGCGGCUUAUUUGGGUUACGCCGUCUCCUCGCUGCGGCUCCCCGGGGGGCAGCGCCUGUACGUGGCCGGGGCCCCCCGCUUCCAGCACAAGGGCAAGGUGAUCCUCUUCCAGAUGGACACCACGGGGACCGUGACGGUGGCCCAGGCGCUGACGGGGGAGCAGAUCGGCUCCUACUUCGGCAGCGAGGUGUGCGUCCUGGACGUGGACGGCGACGGGGUCACCGACGUGCUGCUGGUGGCAGCUCCCAUGUACCUGGGUGCCCAGAGCAGGGAGACGGGGAGGGUGUAUCUCUACAGAGUGGGGCAGAGGCUCCUGGCCCCUGCCGGCACCCUGCACGCCGACAAGAAGCCGCAGGAUGCCCGGUUCGGCUACGCCCUGGCCGCCGUGCCCGAUCUCAACCACGACGGUUUCAAUGACGUGGUGGUGGGGGCUCCGCUGGAGGACGGGCACCGCGGCGCCGUCUACGUCUACCACGGCGCCCCGGGUACCCUCCUGCCCCAUUACAAGCAGCGCAUCGAGGCGGCGGCGCUGGGUCCGACCCUCAGCUAUUUCGGGCGCAGCCUGGACGGGCGGCUGGACAUGGAUGGGGACGGGCUGGUGGACCUGGCCGUGGGGGCGCAGGGGGCGGCCGUGCUGCUGCGGUCCCGCCAGAUCGUCCAGGUCAACACGUCGCUGACGGUGGAGCCACCGGCCAUCAACGUCAUCCAGAAGAACUGCCAGCGCAGCGGCACCGGCGCCGUCUGCCUCCGGGCCAGAGUCUGCUUCCGUGCUGGGACCCGCGCCCGGGGCCAGCGGGACAGGGACAUCGAGCUCCGGUACAACGUGUCCCUGGAGGAGAGGACGCCGGGAGCCCGGGCUGCCUUCGACUCCGGCGCUCGGCGGUUGCUGCAGCGUCGCCUCGAGCUCUCGCUGGGGCGGCAGAGCUGCCUCCGCUUCCCCUUCCACGUCCUGGACACCACGGACUAUCUGCGACCCCUCAGCUUCACGGUGAGGUUGGCCAUGGCCGAAUCCACCGGCCCGGUGCUGGAUGAGACGUCCCCCACCACCAUCCGGAAACUGAUCCCCUUCUUCAAGGACUGCGGGGAGGACGAUGAGUGCGUCACGGACUUGGUGCUCAGGGCCACCAUGGACAUCGUGGGCUCCAGGCAGAGCCCCCACGUCCUGCGCAAGGGCAGGAGGAAGGUGAUGGUGGACGUGGUCCUGGAGAACAAGAAGGAGAACGCCUACAACGCCAGCCUGCUCCUCCGCUUCUCCAGCAACCUCCACUUCUCCAGCCUCGCGCUUCAGCAGGACACCAGCUCGGUGAAGCUGGAGUGCACGGCGCUGGCAGGUCACCGUCGGCUCUGCAGCGUCGGCUACCCCGUCUUCCGCUCACUGGCCAAGGUCUCCUUCACCCUGGAGCUGGAGUUCAGCUGCUCCGUCCUCCUCGACCGAGCCGAGGUCGCCCUCGAGGCCAGCAGUGACAGCACCGAGGCGACGCCAGAGGACAACGCGCUCCGGCUUUCUGCCCCCAUCCGCUACGAGCCUGACCUCUUCCUCUCCAGCGACGCCAACCUGCACCGCUACGAGGUUCACCCCCUCGGCACCUUCCCCCACGGCCCUGGCCCCGAAUUCAAGACCACGGUGAAGGUGCAGAAUUUGGGGUGCUACCCGGUCCGAAACCUCACCCUCCUCAUGGCCCUGCCAGCCCUGGGCUACCGCCGCGCCACCUUCCUCUCCGUCACACGCGUCCUGGCCGAUAACGCUACCUGCACGCUGCGGACCCCCCCCGAGGAGCCGCGGCAGCGGGGAACGGCCACGGUGGUCCCGGUGCACCCCGAAGACCUCCUGCGCGUGGACAGGCUGGACUGCGCCAACGCCUGGUGCCAGGAGCUGAGCUGCCGGUUGGGGCGGCUGGACCGCGGCGGGGAGGCCUCCAUCCACGUCCUCCGCGCCAUCCACAACGACUUCUUCCGUGGGGCUAAAUUCAGGAGCGUGAGGGUGGUCAGCACGGUCUGGCUGGGGGUCCCGGGGAGCAGCGUGCUGAUGCUGGAGGAGGGGGCGCAUCGGAGGGAGAUGGUCCUUGAAAUCAUCCAGGCGAAGCGGGUGCCCGUCUCCCUCUGGAUCCUGGUGGGCAGCAUCCUGGGGGGGCUGCUCCUCCUGGCCCUCAUCAUCUUCUGCCUGUGGAAGCUGGGCUUCUUCACCCGCAAGAAGCUCCCCGAGGAGGAGGAGGAGGAGGAGAAGGAGGAACAGUGAGGGGAAGCGGUGGCCCCUCGAGCCCAGCGCCGUGGGGACGGGCCCACAUCCCUUCCCCAGCCUUGGGGACAAGCAGGGGCUCGGGACUCUGCCACCGUCCCCCCCCCCAUUCCCGCCUCGGCUCCAUCCUUGCGGAGGGCGAUGCCUCCGCGGGGGCUGGAUUGGGCUGGCACAGGGAUUGCAGCCAGGUGAGGUCGGAGGUGGGGGGGGGAGAGGGGAAGGAGCCCCCCCAGGUUUGAGCCGAAGGACUCGGGGGAUGGUGGCGGAGGUGGGGGAAAGGGACCGGGGCUGAAAGAAGCGGCUCCACCAAUAAAGCUCAGCCCCCGCGGAGAUGCUCCAGCGUGUGGUACCCGCCGCCGCGCUCCGCCUGCAUCCCUGGCGCCGCCCCGGGGAUGCUCCAAGAGUAGAAACUCUUCCAACUCCCAGGAAAAAAAAAAAAAAAAAUCAAAAAAACCCAAUAAAACCAACACCAAAACCAAAACCCUCUGGAGAGGCACCAGCGACAGCCAGGAAAUAUAAAGCAAUAGGGGGAUAAGGCCGGGGGGGGGUCCAAAAUACACCCCAAACUCCCCCCCUCCAUGGUCCCUUUGGCCGCGCGUCUCCCGCUGCCCCCGCGGGGUCUUGCCUCGCGAGAUGCCCUGGGAAGUGUCUGGCUUAAAUUUCUGCUCCCCCCCCCCGGGGAAGAAAUCCCCGAUUUCUGGCGCUCCAGGGCUGAGUCGUCGCCGCGGGCGAGAGGGAGGGAGGGGGGAGAAGGUGUGGGGCUCCCCCCCCCACCACCACCCCCGGCCCAGCACCCCCAAAACCCACCCCGUGUGUGGGGUGCUUUGCUGAAAUCCUAAAUAACAGGGAAAAAGCAACGAGAGAAACCCAGCAAAGAAAACGCGGAAAAGGGGAUCUAGCCGCAGGUUAAGGCAUUUUCCCUUUCGGAUUCACCAACCCACGCGGCCCAGAGCCAUUUAUUGUCUCCAAACUCCCAGCCCCGCCAUCAGAAAGCCCCCAAACGAGCAGAUUUUGGGGGUUUUGAAGGGGUGCAGCGUCCAAGCAGGAGCUGCUUUUCCGGGGGGGAGCCCGGCAGGUUGCGGGGCGAUGGUGGGGCCAGCGCCUCCCCUUCUGCUUUCCUUCCCCCCCCCCCCCCCCCCCCAACAUCCCCCCAGCAACACCCGCUCCCGCCGCUGGAAAAGCUUCGUCCGAACCCUGCAGGGUCCCAGCUCUGGGGGAAGGGCAGGGAAACCUCCUCCCCCAGCACUCGGGUCUCCUUCCCCCGAAAUGAAGGAGGGACGCGGGGGGGGGGACGACAGGGAGAGGGGUUUCGGGGCGUCCGUCCCCCAGGAGCCGAAUCCCGGAGGACGGGAGUCACGGUGGUGGGAAAAGGGGCCGACGCCACGAAACGCCAUCCCACCACUGCUCCCCCCACUCCCCAGCCCACAACCGCUCACCUCCGGCACCCAAAGGAGACUUUUUUCUCCCCAGAAAAGCCCCUUUACAGGCCCCCCCCCGACCCCCGCGGAGGUUCUUUCCAUCCCAGUCAGUCCCCGAGCUUCUCCUCCAGCGCCGCCAACCUCUCGCCAAGCCCGGUCUUCUUUAUAAAGGCCUUUAUUUGACUGAAUAGCAAACGAAACACUAGUUUAAAUCGAGUGUACGUAGUACACCGUUUACAGCAACGAAGCGGCGACAUGUGUUUAGACGCGACCUACCUCUCCCUCCCGCCCGCUGCCCGGCCCCGGGGGUUGGGGGGCAGGGGGGGGUUUCAACAUCGCCCACGUUGAAGUGGGGUGCCCUAAGCACAGAGGUUAUUCGGGACGAUAAAAGAAAAAAAAAAAAAAAAACAAAAAAAAAUGCAAAAAAAAAACCAAAAAAACAAAAAAACCAAAAAACCACACGGGAAAGUUGAAUGCGGAUGAAAUGUUUACAAAUUGGGAGGGGGAUAAAAAAAAAACAAAAAACAACAAAAACAAAAAAACCACCAAAAACAGACAAACAAAAAACAACUAAACAAAAAAAACCCCAACCCCGACAAACCGAAACGAAAACCAAAACGACAAAGAAAACAAAAUUUCCACGAAAAUAAAGAGAUUCUCUCAAAGUUGCGGGACUAAGGGAGGAUUAAGAUCUGCCUGUUAAAAGACCGAGGAAUCGGCCGUCGAAACGGCUACGCGCAGUUAGGUCCCUUUUCCUAAAGGAUGCCUUUAAUGUGGUCCAUACACCGUGAGGCAGCUGAGGAUCCUCCGCGCCUCACCGUUGCGGGGGGCGGGGGGGGGGGAACAGGGCGGGGGGGACAGGCCGGCACAGCCCCGGGGGACACAGGCACAUGGAGAAGGGCCAGAAAAAAAAUACAACCAAAACAAACCACAAAAAAAAAAAAAAACAACCCAAAAAAACCAACCUAAAGUCCACGACAAGACAGAAAACUCCUGUUCCCAGAACCAAAGGGGAGGGGGGGGGGGGAGAGGGGGGGCAUCCCCAGCACGUUCCUUCCUCCCCGCCUGGGGGAGAGCCCC